AUGCCCUCACAACCCUCGAAUGCGGGUAUCGUCACCGACGAAAACAGCGGCGAUCGCGAGAUUCCACAGUCUGUUCGCGCAGAUGGCAGUACUCGCAGAGCUAUCAGAAUUCGUCCUGGCUAUCGUCCACCCGAGGAUGUCGAGGUCUACAAGAACCGCACCGCCGAAGCCUUCCGAGAGCGCGGCAAGAAAAUCGGCAUUCCUGGUGCUGCAGGUGUGAAAGAAGAGAGCUCCGAGCAAAGCUCGGCCGCUAGCAAUAAGAAUGCUAAGCGCCGCGAGGCUAGGAAGAAGGCGAAGGCUACAGAGGUCGACGUGCCAACUCCUGCCCAAGAGACCAAAACCGAGGAGAUUGACCCUGAAGUCGAGCGCCAGAAAAAGGCUCGAAACCUUAAGAAGAAGCUAAAGCAGGCCAAGGAUCUUAAGAACAAGAAAGAGGAUGGUGAAGCGUUACUUCCCGAGCAGAUUGCCAAGGUCAUCAAAAUCAACGAACUGAUCCGAGAGUUGGAUGCGCUUGGCUUCGAUUCUGAAGGGGAGCCCAAGACGUCCACUGAGAAUGAGGACGAGAAGAAGGACUGA